CGUGAAACGCAGAGCACGCUCAAUGUACGUCCGGAUGUGUCUGGUGAUCUCGCUGGCGGCCAUCGGUGCUGCCGUGGCCGAGAGCGACGAGGAUGCGGAUCCGCAAACGGUUCAGGUGUCAAGUCUGGAUGGCCAUUGCCGUACCAAGGGCGAAGUGACCCGCUGCAGUGGCUUUAACUUCGACGGAGAGGACAAGAAGGCGAGAUUCGACCUUCAAACAGCCGUGCGAAUCGCCCCAGACGGCACCACCUACGAUGUGGGCGACGAGUGGCCUGCCAGCACGCUCAUUUUCGAGAACUGCACCUUUACGCACUUCCCGCUGCGACUGUUCUACGCACUGGAGGUGAGCGAGCUGGACAUGAGGGGCUGCGGCAUUCGGUACAUGUACUGGGAGAACUUCUCCACGGGCGCUGAGAACCUGGUGAUACUCCUGCUGACCGACAACGAGAUCGAGGACCUGCCCGCCGGCACAUUCCGCGGAGCGGGCCACCUGCAGUUUCUAUUCCUCAACCGCAACCGACUCGGCCAGCUGCAGGAGGGUGCCUUCGACAACCUGAAGGAGCUGCAGCAUUUGGACCUCACGGAGAACCGAUUGCAGGCGCUGCCGCCGGGUGUAUUCAAUGAUUUAAAGAGCCUGCGGCACGUGGGCCUGGCUGAUAAUUACCUGACUACCGUCGACAGCGACUUGUUUGCCCACAAUCCGAUUCUGCACUCCGUCUCGCUGUACAGGAACCUACUCCGCGAACUGGGCGAGCACGCCUUCCGGUCGCGGAGCCGGGACCGGAAAAUCUACAUGAUCGAUCUGUCCCACAACCCGCAGCUGGCCGUACUGCUGCUGAACUUCAAUGCCACCAACCUGGAGGCCCGCAACUGCUCACUGGACCGUGUCAACUUGUAUGGCUCGGUGACGAAUGUCGAUCUGAGCGACAAUCGCGUGCGAGAGCUGUACUUCCCCGCCUCGGAGGCCCUGGAGCAUCUGGUGCUGCGCAACAACUCGCUGGUCCAGCUAGCCUCGCUCAGCCGGGUGCCCCGGUUACGGUAUCUGGACGUGGCGGAUAACCCGAAUCUGGGCCAGUUACCCGCCGGCUGGCAUACCCCGCACUUGGAGACGCUGGUGCUGCGCAACACUGGCCAGGUGGAGUUGCCUCUAGAGGCCAUUGAGGGAAUGCCCAAUCUGCGCAAGCUCGACAUCUCGGGCAACAAUCUCACGGAAAUCAAUCCCUCUGCCUUCGCCACGCUCUCCCAGCUAACGCACUUCUACAUACACGGCAACAAGUGGAACUGCUUCAACCUGAGAACCCUUAUGGACGUAUUCAUCCGUCCGAACGGCAUCACCUUCACGGUGGACAGUGUGGAUCCAGACUUUCCGGGGGAGUACAUACACGGCGUAGCCUGCAUGUACCGAAUGCCGGAGAAGGAGCCUCUGGACUCGAGUUAUUCCUCCUCCGAGAUCUCCGCCAGCGUCGAAGCCACCCCAAACCUGGCCAACUCCGAGCACAGCGAAGUGGAAAAGGUGCGUCAGGAGCUCAAGUCGGUGGUGCAGCACUUUGAGGCCAAGCUCGACUAUCUUUUCCAGCAGCUCGGCCAGCUCAAUGAGCAGAUGCAGUCCAUUGAAAGAUUGAACAAAACUGUUUGGAGUCAGGUUACAUUGUCGGUUUAAGCUUUAAAAAUGUCAUUUAAAUUAAUUAAUUGUUGCGAUCAAUAAAUAAAUGUGAGAAA